UUACAGGUGCACUCCACCAAGAGAGCGGAUCCCGCUGAGCUACGAAAUGUUUUUUUGCAGUAUGCCAGUGUUGAGAAAGAUGGUGAGCAUUACAUGACUCCAGAAGAUUUUGUGCAAAAAUACCUAGGACUUCAUACAGAUCCACGUUACAAUCCUAAAACAGUGCAGCUGCUGGCUGGAGUGGCAGAUCAAACUAAAGAUGGGCUGAUUUCCUAUCAAGAAUUUUUGGCAUUUGAAUCUGUUUUGUGUGCUCCAGAUGCAAUAUUCAUUGUUGCUUUUCAGUUAUUUGACAAGAGUGGCAAUGGAGAAGUAACAUUUGCAAAUGUCAAAGAAAUAUUUGAACAAACUCCGAUUCAUCUUCAAAUCCCCUUCAACUGGGACUGUGAGUUCAUUCGACUGCAUUUUGGACAUAACAGGAAGAAACAUCUUAACUAUUCAGAGUUCACUCAGUUUCUUCAGGAGCUGCAGUCAGAACAUGCAAGACAAGCCUUUGCAUUGAAGGACAAAAAUAAAAGUGGUAUGAUAACUGGGCUGGACUUCAAUGACAUCAUGAUUACCCUUCGCUCACAUAUGUUAACUCCAUUUGUGGAAGAAAAUAUAGUUUCAGUAGCUGGUGGAACUGUUUCACAUCAGGUCAGCUUCUCCUAUUUCAAUGCAUUUAAUGCCCUUCUGAAUAACAUGGAUCUUGUUAGGAAGAUAUACAGUAAUAUAGCAGGUACAAAAAAAGAUGUUGAAGUCACAAAAGAGGAAUUUACCCAUGCUGCAAUUCAAUUUGGACAAGUUACACCACUGGAAAUAGAUAUUCUCUACCAACUUACAGAUUUAUACAGUGUUACUGGGCGAUUAACUUUGGCAGAUAUUGAGAGAAUAGCACCGCUGGCUGAAGGCGCAUUACCUUACCACUUGGCAGAACUCCAGAAGCAGCAAUCCUAUGGAGAGUUAGGCAGGCCUAUCUGGCUCCAGAUAGCCGAGUCAGCAUACAGGUUCACUUUGGGCUCAGUUGCUGGUGCUGUUGGUGCUACUGCGGUAUAUCCCAUAGAUCUGGUGAAAACUCGUAUGCAGAAUCAGCGCACCUCUGGUUCAGUUGUAGGAGAGUUGAUGUAUAAAAACAGCUUUGACUGCUUUAAAAAGGUUUUGCGUUUUGAAGGCUUUUUUGGUCUUUACAGAGGCUUGUUACCACAGCUGAUAGGUGUUGCACCAGAAAAGGCUAUUAAGCUAACUGUUAAUGACUUUGUCAGAGACAAAUUUACUAAGAAAGAUGGUUCCAUUCCACUCCCCGCAGAGAUCCUUGCUGGAGGCUGUGCAGGAGCUUCCCAGGUCAUCUUCACUAAUCCUCUGGAGAUUGUAAAGAUUCGGUUGCAGGUAGCAGGAGAAAUUACCACAGGACCCAGAGUCAGUGCCCUCUCUGUUAUAAAAGAUUUAGGCUUUCUUGGUCUUUAUAAGGGUGCCAAAGCCUGUUUCCUCAGAGACAUUCCCUUUUCUGCAAUCUACUUUCCUGUUUAUGCUCAUAGUAAACUGAUGCUUGCCGAUGAAAAUGGCCACGUGGGAGGGCUUAAUCUCCUUACAGCUGGAGCCAUUGCAGGUGUGCCUGCUGCUUCUUUGGUAACCCCUGCUGAUGUCAUCAAGACAAGACUGCAAGUGGCAGCUCGUGCUGGCCAGACAACCUACACUGGAGUUAUUGACUGCUUCAGAAAGAUUCUAAGGGAAGAAGGGCCCUCGGCUCUGUGGAAAGGAGCUGGAGCUCGUGUGUUCAGAUCUUCACCCCAGUUUGGUGUUACUCUCGUCACUUAUGAACUUCUGCAGAGAUGGCUCUAUGUAGAUUUUGGAGGCCUCAAACCUUCUGGAUCAGAACCUGCCCCAAAAACUCGGAUUUCAGAUCUUCCUCCUGUUAACCCCCAGCAUAUAGGCGGAUACAGACUUGCUACAGCGACAUUUGCUGGUAUAGAAAAUAAGUUUGGUUUAUAUCUUCCAAAGUUUCAAUCUCCUGGCACCACCUCAGCUCAACAAAAAGUACCAUCCUGAAAAGAUGUUUCAACUUAACGAAGAGAUGCAGUGGGAAAAGUUCACAAGAGUAGUACUGUAUUUUGUUCCAGUCAGCUGCAUGUUGUUCUAGCUGAACUGAGCUUGCAAAUCUAAUUACUCCUCUCUGAUAU